UUUUAGAUUAAAAAAUGAUAUUUAUUUUAUUUAUUAUCAUUUGUUCGCAUUGCAACGCCCAAUUUGAAUGGCAAAUUAAAGAUGCAUUUGAUGAAAUCGAGAUAAAAAUGGACCAAGUGUCUGCAGAAAAUUGUGAAACAAAACAAUUAUCAGAACUUACCCUGCCUAUUGAAUCAGUUCCCCAGAUACCAAGCUUGAAAAAGAUUGAUCCAAUAUACUCAAACAGAACGAUGUUGAGAUUAAUUCAUGAUAUUGCUUUAAAUAGGGCAUUUUUCUUUAGUUUUAUAUUUGCUAAAUCUAAUGAUACAGAACAACCAGGCCUUAUGUAUCAUUAUUCAUCUCAGAUAGCAGAUGUUGCAUCAAACUAUUAUUUAAAUGGUUCAGGAUUAAUUUUUAGUCCAAAUUCAUCAUAUCCAAAUUUUUAUAGAGAUUUUUUUAACAAAACUUUACCUUAUUUUGGUCCUUAUGCCUAUAGAACUGAUGAUUAUUUAGAUAUUUAUAAUCCAAAUAGAUUACCAACACUCCAAACUGUUAAAGCAAUUGAUCUUGGAGCAGAUUUAGAUACUUCUAGAUAUGAUAGAGAUGAGUAUUUUAAGGUCAAUGAAUGGUAUAGGUUAUGGUUACCUGAUGAUACCAGAGAUUUAUCAAAAACACAAUAUCACAUAAUUGCAAAAUAUAUACUUAAAGGAUAUUCAACUAAUAAUCCUGUUUUAAAUGACAGCAAUCAAUUUUCUAAUUUAGAUUAUAAUUCACUUGGAAAUUCAAAUGAAAUGGAUAAACUCAAAUAUAUUCCCAAAAUGAAAAUUUUUGAAGAAAAUUUUGCAUUUUUUGGCCCACCAGACCCUGCUGAGAAUCCAGGACCUGUUAAAUGGACAUAUCCUUAUUUUGAUUGUAGAAGAUCUAAUAAAUGGAUCAUGACAGCUACAUCUCCAAUUAUUGACUAUUUCCCAAGGCACACUGUUUGGAAACAUCUUAGAAAACAUAAAUAUGUAGCAGUAUCAACAGCAGAUAUAGAUUUUAAUAGGAUAGAUAUUAACCCAUGUCCAAAAAUGAGAGGAAAUGAAGAACCAAACAUAUUUGCUGGCAUUGCAAGAUGCAAGAAUACUACAGUGUGUGAACCAUUGAAUGGAUACGGUUUUAGGAGAGGUGGUUAUAUAUGUGUUUGUAAACCAGGUUACCGCCUACCGGAUUGGCAGUCAGGAGCAUUUCUGGGUGAAUACAUUGAAAAGUCUACUCAACAAGAAUAUGAAAAUGGUUUUGAUUGUAUCGAAAAUCAAAGAAUCGAAUUUUACCCUAAUCCAAGCUCAACGGAUGAUGCCACCUAUUCAUACAUUAAUUACAACCAAGAACAAAUAGUUAAUGACCCCUAUUCAUUGACGGAAAACAGGUAUCUAAGUAAAAGGGCUUCUGAAGAUGAAAAGAAUACCACAUCAAAAUCACAUAGUCAACACAAGCGGAGCAAGCGAAGCUCGUAUGCCAAAAAAUCUCAUUCCAGAACUCUAGAAUUAUUGGCAAGUCUGAGGUCGAUCAACAAGGACAAUUGCCACAGAAAUAAACAACACUUGAAUCAAAAUCAAAUUUCGGGGGACGAUAUGAUUUACCAGGCCCCUGUCACCUUCGAAUCUCAAAUGCGAGUGGCAAGGAGAACGGCCCAUUUUUUGUCUUAUUACUUGCAGAAAGUGGAUCCCACUGACGUAUUCACCGAUAGACUCACGGAUCAAGUUUUAACAAUCGACCAACUUUAUGGGGAGGUUUUAGCCAACGUUAUGUCGGGUUACAAGAUAGUUGGUAGCGGUAUCUUCUACGAUACAAACGCUUUCGAAAGCAGAGAUGGCGGAACCAGGCCCUAUUUUGCCCCAUUCGCUUACAAAACAGCUGAAGACCUUAAUUUUAUGGUAGUUGAUAAAGCCGCCAAUAUAUUCAACACGCCUCCCACAAAGUUUAGAAGUGAUCUGAAUGACGAAGGAGCCUUUUAUUUUGAUUACACGCAAAAUUUGCCCUACUUUAAAAACGCCAAAGAAAAAUAUGGGACGAUCAAGGGAACCGAUAGGUUGACCCGGUUUACCAAUUACAUUCAUGUACGAGCCGACAAAACUGGUUCAAACCUUGUCAGAUACGAAAACUUUCCCGAUUUGUAUUACGCGGCCGAGGAAGGGGAUUGGUAUGGCCCAUAUUUCAAUUGUGAUGGUGUGGGCUUAAAGACAUGGCUGCUCACUUAUUACACACCAUUUUUCGGGAUGAAUGACCAUUCCAAAAAGGAUUACGAAUUCAAAGGUAUAGUGACAAUUGAUGUACAGCUAUCCGAGAUGGACAUUGAUCAGUGCCCUCAAGAAUAUCACGUGCCUAACCCUUUUAAGGGUUCCGAUAAAUGCCAUUAUGAAUCCCAAUACUGCGUAUUUUUGCCGGGGAAAGGAUUCAAAAUAGGUGGAUAUAAAUGUGAAUGCAAACAAGGUUACGAAUAUCCAUUUAACCUACCUAAAACUUAUUUUGAAGGCGAUGAACUCGAAUCGGAAUAUCAAAAGAAAAUGCUCAAUAAGUCUAAUAGGUACGACCUUUUUAGGUGUAGAAUUGCCGGUGCUGACUCCUCCAAAUUCAAAUAUCUUAAAGUUCAUCUAUUUUUAUCCAGCCUUUUAUGCAUUUAUAUCGCAAAGCUAUCAUUUUAGUAUUUUACAGAAGUUAUAAUCUCUUGUCGUUUGUCAAUCGUAUGACUUCUUAGCAUGUAAUAAUUUUUUAUAAAUAUGCAGCCUAAAUCAUGAACGACAUUUUAAAAUUUUUCACGUGA